AUGGCUGCCAUGUCUGCUUCUGCACCGGGUGCCACUGCCGCCACCUCUACCUUGACUCCGCCCAGCAGCUCCCAUGGCAACGAUUCUGGAUGGAAAUCCGGGUACACCUUGGGAGGAUAUCAAGAGUCCCCAACCCACCUGGCGCUUCUGAUCCAACCGAGCUACUUCAAAUUGAUCGCUGCUGCCUCUUCUCGCCUGGCUAACGUCACUUCGUCCCCUCUGCAGGACCCUACACACAUGCAACACGGAAACUACAUGAAUGGCUAUGAGGACACAAAUGGCGCGACCAAAGGCCCUUUGUCACCUCACCUCGGCAAUACCGAUUACGAUCCUUUCACGAAGCCAGACCCCAAUGAUCCUUUCUCUGCGGUCAAAGAAGUCCGAUCUGGUGGGAGAAGCAGAUCCCGAACGCGACCUGAUAACAAGCGAGCCAACUCAGAUUCCACGCAGGGACAGGGCAAGAUCGAGAACGACAAAUGGAUACACAGAGACAAGUUAGCCAAGAUCGAGAGUGAGGAGCUGCAAGCUGCCGGUAUUGUCCUGCCCAAGCCGAGAUCGCAUAGUCGACCGCGGAGAGAACGCAGCUCCGAGAAGAUGAACGGUGGCCGCCGGGGGACCGAUGCUUCGGAACAUCAGCCGAUGCCAAGAUCCCGGAAGAACUCGACACAAAGAGCUGCAUCAACGGAGAGGUCGCCAGACCCUGAAGGCCGGGAUUGGGACUUCCGUCUGCCAGAAGAGAUAGCCGAGGAUCCGAACGAGUACUGGAUUUCGAGCGACACUCUUGCAGGAAAAUCACGUCUCCCUGUGGCAAAACACAGUGUUGCGCCGGUUCCAGCCGACUACGUGGAGCGAGAUGCUCCAGUGCCUCGCAAGAUGAGCGGCGCCAUCCAACCUGACGAGGACUUCAUGCUGGCAGCAACAAAGCCUCGAUCUAGAAGUGGUAGCGCUACUCUGGAUGCUCUAGAACAACCUGUACUGCAAGCGGCACGACGCUCAGCCAGCGAAAGGCCCAGUUCGCCAAGGAAGGCUGCAACGGGAACGAGGAAGCCAUCUGGUGCCCCGGGCAAGCCAGCAGCGGGUCGUCCCAAGACACGGUCUGGUCCAGGCAAGAUGAGCAAGGACUCAACUGCCAACACUAGACCGACAACGAGAUCUGGUGAACUUUCUCCCAAAGCCCCUGAAGGGGAUCCGCCGUGGAUGGUCUCUGCAUACAAGCCGGAUCCACGUCUGCCUCCAGACCAACAACUUCUGCCUACAGUUGCCAAACGAUUACAACAGGAGCAAUGGGAGAAGGAGGGCAAGUUUGGAAGUGUCUACGAUAAGGAGUUCAGGCCCUUGACAGAUGAUACCUUUGCGAAGCCGCCUGAAAUGCAGAAGACCCAAGUUCAAGAGAAACAUGACGAGUGGCCUUUGCGAGCUGAGGCGAAGAGUCCCACCCCAAGCCGACCUGGAACGAGCUCUUAUUCGACCAUGCCUAAGAUCCAGGAUACACCAAUGCUAAGUCCUUUAGCCAGCCCUAGACUUCCUAUAUCCCCACAGUUAUCGCAGCAGCAGCAGCAGCAGCAGCAUGAACAGCUCACCAAUAUCACGAGAGUACCAACGGUUCCGGAACAACCUCGAAUCUCAGAGAAGGAACAAAAGAAGUCUAGCGGGUGCGGAUGUUGCGUUGUCAUGUGA